AUGGAGCACCUCGUGCGUGACCUAGCUCAUCGGACACGGGUGUACUACCUCAAGGAGGAAGGGAUGGCGGCGUUCAAGGUCACGGUCACGCUCCAUGCAAGAAUGGUGGAGAAGUGGAUCCGGGGCGUGAAGAGGGACUUUCUCGACGCCGCAACGACCAAGUGCGUCAGGUUGGACUGUGAGUUCACCGACCUUCGCAAGGCCGUGCCACAAGUGCUCAAGGAUUUCUUGGAGGACGGGAACAUCAGAUUCUGUGACGCCGCUAUCGGCAAUGAUGUGAAAAAGCUAAGACUCGACGACAUUCACAUCACUUCUACGUACGACCUCCAGAAGGUAGUCCCGAACCCCACCACCAAGCCCACUCCAAGUCUGUAUGAUUUGGCAAACCAUACCGUUGGGACAAACCUUGAGCAGAAGAAGAAGUACAACCACAAGAAGAUGAUGGAUGUCGCCACGCAAGAAAAAGAAGAUGAGCUCAUUUUUGGAUGGGCCAAUUAUCCAUUGAGCUACGAGCAAGCGCACUAUUCAGCACUAGACACUCACGUGGGCUUCGAUAUUGCUAGAAAGCAUUGUAUUCUAGUUGGCUACUAG